UGGCUCGGCCGCAUGGAGAAGGAGCUGGCGGCCGGGGAUGCCCAGCUGGGGGCCGGGCCGCAGCCCGUCAGCACCAGUGACCAGGAGAAGUUUGAGCAGGUCCUGGACGCCGAGCUCGCGCACCUGGCCCGGCUGGAGGAGCGGCUGGAGGAGGUGGGCCAGGCCCGGCUGGACGCUCAGGCCAUCUGCACGCAGCUCAAUGACCACAAGCUCCUCUCCGCUGAGAUCCUGCAUCACCGCGGCCUGGCAGAGCGCCUGCUGGGCAUCUCGGCGCUGCUGCUCCACGCCUGCCCCCCACCCCGCCAGCAGCACCUCCAGCCGUCGGUGCAGACCCUGCGGGAGCGCGCGGAGCCGCUGUUCCUGCGCAGCGCGGCCAGUGCCAUGCAGCUGGAGCACGCCCAGGCCCUGCUGGCCCAGUUCUCCGAGGCGCACGAGGAGCUCGCGCCCUGGCUGCAGGAGACGCAGCUGGCGGCCGCGCGGCUCUGCCCCCACGACAUCAGCUACGAGGCCUUCAAGGAGCAGCAGGGGCUGCUGCAGGGGAGUGGCGGGCAUUGA